AUGAAGCACAAGAGUGAUGCAGCCAUUAGGAAGCAGAAGAAGUCGAUCGCCUGUCAGAGAUGCCAUACCCACAAAAUCAAGUGCAGUGGAGGCCAACCUUGUCAGCGAUGCCGGCAAGCCGGAACUGUUACCGAGUGUCACUAUGUGAAUCGUGAUCGCCAAGUGAAAGUGCAUGAGAGUUACAUUGAGGAGCUAGCAGCGGAAAACCAACGUUUGCGCGACCAAUUAUCCCAGUCGCCUGCAAACCUCACGCCAAGGGGGGAUCCCGAGGCUCAAGGUAUGCAGCCUAGUUUCGCGAUUCCGGUGAUCCCGGCUCACAGUAACAUAGACAUCACCGAGCCUGCAGAUAGGCAUGUUCAGAAUCCAAUGCUGGGAGAAAAGGCAUGGUUCCAGCCAUACGAUCCAUCAUUGCCUCCAAUUCACGUGUGCGAAGCAGCAUGUACAGCAUUUGCCACGAGGAUUCGGGGGGUUCUCACAAAGAGCGACACGACCUCCCACAUACCUCGGACCCAGUACACGGGGGAAUCCACUCUGAUGAGCAUGCGCAACCCGGCAAUUCAGUGGCCAACUCUACCUCAGGCUCGUCUGUUAAUACAGGUCGUCUUCAGUCAAGUUACCCGCGUGUAUCAUGUGGUGCUUCGGAAAUCAACACUUGAUCAACUCGAAGAUGCCUACCGGAAGGCUGACUUCAAUGACCCUGUACUGACAUGCAAGUUCUUCGCUUUGUUUGCGUUGGGCGAAGUAUAUUCCGCGCGAUCCAAUUCCAGUUCUGACUGCAAAGUCCCCGGGGUGGCCUAUUAUGUCAAUGCGAUAAUGUUAAUACCCAUAUUGCCUGAGCGUCCAAGCUUGGCCCACAUCGAAUCCCUUCUGGUCUUGUCACUCUAUUCAUUUUUCCUGAACAGGCGACACUCGGCAUUUCUGCUUGUUGGGAGCGCCAUGCGCUUGGGCCUAACCCUGGGUCUCAACCAUGAUAUUCCCGAGAGCAAAUGUCCAAAUCCAGUGGAUCGGCAGCAUCGCAUAAGGUUGUGGUGGGCAAUAUAUGUAUUCGAUCGAAUGUACGGGUCAAAGGUCGGAUGGCCAAUCCAAAUUGCCGAUGAAGAUAUCUAUGUCGAAAUGCCGUCGAAAAUUGCUGGUGAUGUUCACGAUGAUCAUAACUCGGAUACGGAAUUUUUGGUUGCCAGCAUUGAAUUGGCUAAGAUCACCGGGCAGGUCAGUGACCAAAUCUACAGUCGCAAGAGCCACACGGAUUCAUUCUUGCAACGAGAGCAAAAACUCCUUAUCGCACUCAAACAGUGGUGCUUUGCCCUGCCUCCGCAGAUCCGACUUCACCGGGACGGGCCAGCUCCAAAGAAUGUGGUUUCCUUGCAUCUCCAAUUCAAUCAAUGUAUCAUGUUAGCAAGCCGACCGGUGCUUCUUCACGCUCUCAUUCAGGCCAAAUGCUCAAAACCCCAAGAUGAAUCGCAAGUGGCCAUUCGACAAACACUCAAAACACUCAGAGAGGCUUGUAUACAUUCUGCAAGGAAUACACACGCUUUAAUAAUGGAGGAAUGGAUCAACGGAUCACUUCCGAUAUUCGGAUACUUUUACGCACACUACCUGUUCUCCUCGGCGCUGGUGAUGGUCGUGUCUAGCCAGGUAUAUGCUGAUAAUGGCAAUGACUUUGCCUUGUUUGAGGCGGCAUUUGAGAUUCUUAGGGCGAUGAGCGACCACGGAAAUCUCGCUGCGGCGGAGUUCUACGAUAACCUGGAAUGCGUCCGACAGUGCUUGAAUCAAAGCGAUCAGCCAGAAAUUGGGCUUUCUCAGCAGGCUGGAUCUGUUCGCCUGUCUGAACACUCAACCGAGCCUCUUCCUAUGAUAUCUUCCCAGCACAUGGGCAGUUCCAAAGAUCAUAACAUCCCUGGCAUUGCGGAAACAACAGCCGGAAAUCUGACCAAUGACAUGGCGUUUCUGGGAGAGAGCAUGGAGGAGUUUUUGGCGCAACCCGAUAUUGAUUUUGACUUGAUUGACCCGUCUAUGACUGAUGGAGCAUAUUCCUGGCCUGACAUUUCAUUGUGGACAGGAUGA